GCCGCCGUGACGUCACCAGCAUGGCGUAGUGAGGCAGACACUCCUGUUUGAGCCGCUCUCCUUUUUUACUCGUACACACCGUUCUUUAUAUUUUACAACGAAGUGAACCAUAUACGGAAUGGUGUAGGAUGUCGUGAAGUGUUUCUAGUGUGCGUACCAAGCCGUGAAGAUGAGCGGGAGGAAUAUAAUCACCCGGGAGCUGAGUGAUUCCAUACGACAGUGCUUGGGACGGAAAGUUAAGCUCACGUUAAAGGUUCUGGUCAAGGUUGAGACUCGGGGAGACAAGACAGAAAACAGGGUUCUGGCCUUCGCAUCAUGCCGGCUCUUCGUGCUCACAGCCAAGGUCCCCACAAGGGUGGACCAGCACUUCCACUACCUGGAUAUACAAGGCAUCGAGAGCCGGAAACCCAACCAGCUGUGCCUGACCGUUUGUGACCGCGUGUACACCUACUACACCACCCAUGAAGAGAACAGCAGCCAUGAGGUGGACACCAUGGUGCUCAGCCUCUGCACCGCCCUCAAGAACAUCUUCCCUUCUGUUCCUCUCACCAGACACAUCAUCCGGAAGGUGGAGAUCCAACCCCCGAAGCGAAUGCAGCAGCUGGAGGAGUUGGAGCGGGCCACGCUGGGAGGCACCCGGGACAUGGGGCCGUGUGGGGGCUUCUCCACACAGUACAUGUGUAUGUGUGACUACCAUGCACUGCCCUACCGGGAGGAGGUGGCCUGGGACGUGGACACUAUCUACCUCUCCCAUGACACCCGGGAACUUUAUCUGCAUGACUUUGACUACCUAGAGCAGAAAGACCUCAUCCCCAUCAUCAGCGCACUGGAGUACAACACCUGGUUCAGGAAGCUGCGUGCCAGCCACAGCAAACUCUCCCAUGAGGCAAUUGAGAGAAUUUUGCACGUGGUCAGCAAGUCACUUAGCUUAGAAGAAAUAUAUUUAGAUAAUAUUGGUGCCAAAGCGGAGUUUGCUAACAAGCUGUCACUGGCACUCUUAUCCAAUAGCAACAUUCCAUUGCAAAAGUUAGACCUGUCUCACAACCCGCUGGAGGAUAAAGGUUUAAACAAUCUGUGCGGCCUGGUAGCCAAGCUGUCUCCAGAGGCUGGGGGUGCUAUACACAUUAGUAACCCUAUUGGUCGGCAAGCAAAGGGCUUGAGUCACCUCAACCUGUCCCACUGUGGGCUGACAGGCAAAGGUGUCAACAUGUUAGCACAUUCCCUCUCAGUAAAUAAGUAUAUGUGUCAGACUUUAACAUUCCUGAAUCUAGCUGGUAACUCCUUGCGAGAUGACGUCAACAACCUGUACAAUUUCUUAGCUCAGCCAAAUACGCUCAAGACGCUUGACCUCUCAGCCACAGAGUGUGCCAUAGAUGCUCUCUUUGGUGCAUUGUUACGUGGCUGCACCAGUAGCUUAGCACAACUUAUCCUGUCACGCAACAGUUUUGGCAGCAAGAAGAGUCGGGAAAUGUUACCAUCCUUCAAGCAGUAUUUUACCUCCACCCUUGCCCUCAAAACCCUAACUUUCUCUCAGUGUAAACUUCCUUCAGAUGCCCUCAAAAACGUGUUGCUAGGAUUAGCCUGCAAUGAAAACAUCUCAGAGGUUGACCUGGACCUAAGCAGUAAUCACCUUGGGGCCACAGGGGCUCAGAUCCUGGAGUCCUGCAUCCACGGUGUUCGGUGUUUGGCAGCUUUGGACAUCUCAGACAAUGGCCUGGAGACUCAGCUUGGGCCUGUGGUGGCAGCAAUAAGUAAAAACAAGAGCAUCAAGAAACUGAACAUUGGCCGGAACCUGAACAGCAUCAAAAGCAAACAUGUGUACCACGUGAUGGAGGCGGUGGUGCAGAUGAUUCAGGAAGAAGAUUGUGUUCUGGAGUCACUUUUCAUAAAUGAUUCUAGACUCAAGACAGACCUUCACAAUCUCCUCAAUGCUUUAGGAAGCAAUCAUUGCCUCCAGAACUUAGAUAUAAGCGGUAACUACAUGGGCGACAGUGGUGCGCGUCUCCUUGCCAAAGCUCUACAGAUUAAUUCUAAGCUCCAGUAUAUAAGUUAUGAUAGAAAUAAUGUCACACUACAAGGCUACAGUGAUAUCGCCUAUGCAUUACAAAGCAACUACAGUGUUAAGUUUCUGCCAUUUCCUGUGCACGAUGCAAUGCUGUGUAUGAAGACGGCUCCAGAGAGAACUGAGAACAUCAUGCGUAGGAUCCAGGACAUCCUGUACAGGAAUGUGUCCCCCAUGAAGUACUCCAAUGGCCAGGCCUUCAGACUACAGCAGGGCUUCCUGCUGAGCUCAACCCAGCAGCAGGUGGACAGGCUGGUGCUGCAGACAGGAGAAGUGGUGAGGACCCUCCGUCGCUCUGGCAGUGACCUGGGAGGCUCAAACUCCCUUCAGUGGGUGGAGGGCCUCAUUGCUGAUGCCGACAACUCCAAGCAGCUGAUCUCUCACCUGCAUGAUGUGGUGCUGCGGCGGGACGAUGCAGGGAACCCAAUAGAGACCAAGUUGCACCAGCUUUCCUCAGACCUGUACAACGUCAUCAGCAACAACCUGCAAGACACUGUGGAGAGCAUGGUUCGAUCAGCCCAAGACAAGUGUCCCAAUGUGCUCAGUGAGGAGAAAGUAGUGAAUGACAUCAGGACGGCCUGCCUGGCUAAGUCUCAGCUCUCAUACCAGCUUGUGGAGUCAGCUAUUGUGGAACAGGCUGGAUCAGUCAUCUUGAACAAAGUGAAUGAGGUGAACCUGGCUGUAGCAUCAACUGUAUCAGACAGAGUCAUUGAUGAGGUGGUGGAGUCACUCUCCAAGACCUGUAAAAACUUGCAAUCUGGUGAGGGCCCACGAAAGAGAGCCUCCACGGGGACAGAGAUGGGAGGGCGGGAGAGAGGCAGCAGCGAGUCAUCCACCCGCAGUGAGCGUUCAGACACUGUGAGUCAGGGAGAUGACACCACCAGCCAGAAGUCCGACCCAUCCCCUCUGAAAUUGGAAUAUUUGAACCUUGCCACACCACAGCUGCCAAAGAGGAAGAGUCUACACGGCAGGAAACUGCGGCCUCAGAGUGUAGUUGAUGGUUUUACAGAUAGUAGUCCAGAGCAUCCAGCCUUAUUGCUUCACCAUAGUGACAGUAGUGUUUUGACUGGAAGUAAACAUUACAGCCUUUUCCUGGAAAAAAAAAACCCUUCAGAAAAGAAUAGGUUGACACUCCCAGCAUGGCCUGCUGCCUUGUCCCAGACUGAUGACUCUCACUCUCUUCAUGCUGAGUCUCUAGACAGUGUGUCUGAGCUGCCAAGCAGCUGUGGCCAGCUACAACACCUGGGUAAGGCCCGGCCCCGGCGGGUGAAGACCCGUGCCCCCACCCGGCCCAUGGGUCGUGCUGAUCUAGUCGAGGAGGACCAUGAUAUAUCCGAGGGUGUAGACACCUUCUUCAGGCCAGGCUCCUCCACCCCCACCACACCUCUCAUAUCUCCAGAUUCAGAAAACAGCCCUCGGCUGCUGAAGUAUGGCUCCACCUCCUCUGUUGAAAGUUCUCCCCACACUGGCGGCGGCAGGACUGGCAGUGAGCGGGGCAGCAUAGAGUCCCUCACCCGCUCAGACUCCCUGGCUCGCUCCGAGUCUGAUGUGACCAGGGACUCCCCCAGACCGCACACUAAGUCCCGGGACACGGAGGAGGAAGAUGAAGAAGAAGAGGAGGAAGUCAGCUUGGAGGAAAAAAGUAGUCACAGUGUUCGCAGUCUGAUUGGCAGACAAGCCAAUGAGGGCAUGGCCAAGAGGUCCCCAGACAUGAGUGCAAGGAAGGCAUCAACAUCCUCAAGCAUCAGUUAUGCUGAUGAUUCUUUAUCCUCUUUAGAUAAGAGUCGUAGUGAAGAAGAUGGAAAAGAAGAUUCUCCUCCGAGGAAGAUUGCCGGUCUCCAUAAAAUGGGUAUUGGAGGCAACAUUUUGGCAGAAAUGAAGAAGAUACAGGAGAAAAGAACAUCAUUCCAGCCAAAGGAUGAUGAGAAAGACAAAGAAGAAAAGAAGGAGAGUCCCUCAAGUAACUUGCUGGCUGGUGUACGGCUUAGGUCCACCGGCCUUGCCGACAGCCUCAUGUCCCCAACCAAUGGCUUCCCCAGAGGCUCAGGAGGAAGCAAAUCCCCAAACUGCAACAGGGACUCAUGUAUUGACACCUCAGGACCCAGCCCCAGCACCAAGCCAGUGAUCACCGCCCUCAAACCUAAGCCCCCUCCCCCCCUCGCACCUAAACCUCGACCCAAGUCUGUGAGUGGAGGUGACCGCAGAUCAGGGGAGUCUGGGUCAGGGGAAGCAGCAGAGGAAGACCCGGCAGAUCUUCCUGCAAGGUCUGUGAAGGAAAUGGCCGCCUCCCUGGCCCAUGCCAUUGUCUUGGAAAGGCCUGGAGGCACCCGAAAGUCUUCUUCUCUCUCUCACAUCCCAGCAGCUGGCACCAGCAGCAGCAGCAGCAGCAGGAGUGAUAAGAAAUCAAAGGGGAAAAUUGAAUCCCAGAAAACUCUGAGCAUCAUAAGUGGGAUUAAAAAGAUAGAAAAGAAAAAGCGAGAGAUACAAAAGAAAGAGGAACUGGAGGAGACCUGGGUGGACGGUGAGCGUGGGGAGGAGUCCCUGUGUCCGCCGCUGCAUCGCCAGACUUCUCACAAGCACGUCCUGGCGACAGACCUGUCUCUGGAGGACGUUGUCAAUGUAUAGUGAAGGACUUUAAUAGGAAGGGAUCAUUUUGCAUUUUUAGGGAAUAAGUGCACCUCUGAUUGGCAGAAAAGACUGUCCCAAUAUAUCUACUUACUGAAUUCUUGAUCAUCUAGAUCAAAACAAAUCUUGUAGAGAUUAUGUUGAUGAUUACCAUUAUUUUUUAAUCCUGUAUAUGAAAUCUGACCUAUUAUCAGGCAGCAGUUUACAUCUCCAGGUUAUGGAAGGUUACAGUGUGAGCCAGUGAGCCAAGAGGACACCUGCAAUUGGCUGUGAAGUCUCAACAUGUGACAAGCAUAGUGAUAAUCUUAAUGUCAGCAGCUGACUUUAAGGCAAAACAAAGAUGUGCUUUGUAUUGAAGCAAAGCUUGGUACCACAUUUAGAGGAGCAAAUACAUUUUUGCAUUUUCAUAUACUCUUUUGACUUACUCUUGUACUCUUAUAAGUCAGAGGAAUGAAGCUCAUCUAAUAAAACUAAGCAAUGAGAGGAUUGUAAAUUUAGUGGUUAGAUAAUAUAUAAGGUACAUACAUCAUACUGUAAAGUGAGUAUAAUAGGUCACUGCCAGCAUUGGAUAUGUAUAUACUUUCAUCAUUUCUAUUUUUGUUAGUACAAGUAGCACAAAUUAAGUUGUAGGCCCCUCAGCCAGGGUUCUGGUGUGAACCUGUGAUAUGCAGCAGGUCCCGGAGUGUUGGGUGCACAUCAGUCUGACAUCAGUCUUGCCAUCAGCCUCAUGAUGACACUGAUAGAGAAGGAAGGGUAGAAGUCAUUGAAUAGUUCACUAAUACAGUUCCCCUCACAGAAUAUGUUGAAGGAAAGUGUCAGGGAUGUUGAAUCUAAUUGUAAUGAAUGAAGAGUUAGUUGUUUGAACUGUAUCUAGCACACUCAUUGUAUAAUGCUAAAGUAUAUGGCAUAUGUAUUUUUUGCACUGAUUACUAAACUUUGCUUUAGAAAGAUGCACAGUACAUAAUCAUCGGCAUUAACAAGCAUGACUAAAUAGUUAGCUCACUUUUAUUUUGUGAUUCACACCACCAAUUCACACUCAAGAAUGAAAGAGGGAUGUCCUGACUCUGUUGCAAGUUUCAUGUUGCAACUUGAGGGCAACAAGGAUUUAACUUGUAUGUCCUUGGAGAGUUUUUGUAUAGGUUGAGCAUACCAGUGUUGUUACCUUUGUUAGAGAGCUGUUAUAUGCGAGAACAUGAACAAUGUUACUUAAUGUGAGGCAUGUGAAUUUUGUGGUUUUGAUGAUGGUAUGCCUUCAACUUUAUAAAAAGAGUCUAUUGCAUUUGAUUCCUAAUCUGAGUUAUUGUGCAUUAAAAAUAAUGUGGUAGCAUCUCAAUCGUAGAAUUGAGAUUAACUUGUAUAACUUGUGAGCUUUGCUUUUUGAUAGAAAUCCAACAAGUAGGAAACUUACCAUGAACAUAAUGUAUAAAGCUGAUUAUCUUGUCAAAAGUAAUUAUUAUAAUGUUAUUAAUCUACAGGUAGUGUGUUUGCCUCAUGUGUGAAAUCUGGCCUUUUUUUUUUUUUUUUUUUUUUUUUUUUUUUUUUUUUUUUUUUUUUUUUUGUGUGUGUGUACAGCUUGUGUUGUUUUGUGUGAGGAGCCUUGUGCCAAGACCGGGAGACUUUUGUGUGUGAUCUGUGUAGCAUUUCUUUGUUUAUAUAUUAUUAUAUGGAAUACUGAAGUUCACAUGGCUGCAAGAAGUUUAUCUGUGAUGAGUUGUCCGGUUUAAAAGAUGCCUGACUAUGACAUUAUUGUAUUACAAGAACAGUUUACACCUAAAGGAAAUACCUUAUGUAAUGUUAGCUUUGUAGAAAAGUCAUAUUAGGAAAACCUUUGCUUUAAUACUUGAAUCUGUAAGAAAUUGUGAUUACUUAGAGUUGAAUUAUAUCACAGCAAAGCUUUGUUUAUAUUGGUGUUUGAAUAUUGUAUUCUCAUACAUUUUAAUCAUAAGAAAGAGGAACUCUGAAUUGGGAAUCUGAGGCUAACAAUACAAAGCAUAUUCAUAAGUUUGUAUUUGGAUGACAAAAUUUUGCAUAUGAUGCAAAGAAAUUGCAACAAAUAAAAUGAAUUGUAGUGAACAAGUAUCAACAAGUGAACAAGUAAAGGAUUUUUAAUUGAAAAUAGCAAAAUUUUUAUCAUUUUGACAACAAAGUCAGAAAAUUCUGUAAUGAUUUCUUGAGUAGUUUUUUCUUCUGACAUGAGAGGAGUACUUUCCAUUAUGCUGUCAACCUUGCCAGUUGUUCCAGACAAGUGGUGUGAUUUUGGGAUUCACCAAGGUAGUACAAAGCAGCCAGUUGCAAGGUUUGUUAAAGAGUGCUCACAUGAGACAAUACAAUUUUAAAAAUCAAAAAAAUAUGAUUAAUGUUGUAUAGGUGAGUGUAGGUAGUUAUAGGAAAACAGGAAACUUAUAAUUCAGCUUAAGAACCUACCUCGAACCUCUGUAGUGCUCCUCAUGUAGGAAGGAACUUAUCAGUCUCUCUCUCUCUCUCUCUCUCUCUCUCUCUCUCUCUCUCUCUCUCUCUCUCUCUCUCUCUCUCUCUCUCUCUCUCUCUCUCUCUCUCUCUCUCUCUCUCUCUCUCUCUCUCUCUCUCUCUCUCUCUCUCUCUCUCUCUCUCUCUCUCUCCUCUCUCUCUCUCUCUCUCUCUCUCUCUCUCUCUCUCUCUCUCUCUCUCUCUCUACACACACACACACACACACACACACACACACACACACACACACACACACACACACACACACACACACACACACACACACACACACACACACACUCAGUGCUCCCAUCCUCUUUUUUUUUUUUUUUUUUUUUUUUUCUCCAUGGGAAGCUAAGUGUCUCCUCCAUUGGUCCUCUACAACACACAGUCUGCUCAUGCUGGCUCUCUAUAACACACUGUAACACUGCUCCUCCAGAUAAUCUUUCCAUCAGAUAAUUUAGUUUGUAUUGGGUUGCAUGUUAUGGAAAUAAAUUUAAUGAUUAACUGUUAUGAUCUCUGUUUCAUCAUCUAAAAAGGUGCAAGGAUUCAAGAUAAUAAUGAAAUCAAUUCAUUCUUUGUUAAUAGUUUAAAUUUUUUCUUAAGUGGCCUGGUUAAGCUGAAUUUGAUAAUAGCAUGAGUUUUCAUGUCUGUCUUGUGAGCUAUUGUUUGAUGUACUUGUCAUGAGCUACAAACUGUACAGAUUACUGCCAGUCUCAUGUAAAUCCAUUGUUAGCUUUUUUAACAGAUAGCAUAAUGGCAUAAGAAUUGUUGUGGUAACCUCAUCUUGUUUAGUAUGACUGUAAUGUUGUGCUUGUUGGGUGCAGCACAGAUGGGGCUCGGGACACCAGUGGCAUUCUUCCAAGCAACUAAUUAGUUUGGGUUAGGUAUUAAUGAAUCUAUCUGAAUUGAUUCAGUAAUGUGAUAUGUAAAUUGAACAUUUUCUUUGCGGUUCAGAUGCCGUCGGUAAAACAUCCAAUAUUUUUAUUAGUAUUAGGAAUUGCAAUGUCAUGACAGUUGUCCCAGCUGGCCCAUGUCCUGAGCGACUGUGCCAUGAUUAGGUAGCAAGGAAAUAUUUUGUGGUCAUUGUGAGUUGUGAUAGCAUCAAGAUUUCUUGUCACAUUCUUUUCUUCCCUCCUUCUUUUUAAAUUUUUGCUAAAAAGUUAUGUGACCACAGAUUUUUGUCACAGCAAUGUUUUACUCUUGUAUUGUAAAUAUAUUACUUGUCAUAUUUUAUAUUUUACAAUUAUUCUACUGCCUUAAUAAAAUUAUUUCCUA